AUGGAGAUCCAGGCCACACAGACAAACACAGACCGCAGUCGCUUCCGAGCCUACGAUUUACCCGCCACCACCACCACCCUCGCCUCGUCGUGCAUUGUGUUGCGUGCAGCCCGAGGAACUGAGUCAUCAGACAAACUGCGUGUUGGAGAGACGGAGGGAGAGGAAAAUGCGGAAGAAAUGCGAAAAAUUCAACCGAAUGGGUGGGUUGGGGGCGUGGGGGUGGGGGUGGGGGUGGAAGGACAGCUCGCCUUUUGUACACUGCGGAAGGAUGAUUAA